GUAAGGAAGAGAAAGCUAGCCUCUUCCUACCUACCGCACUAAUGGGAGCGCUGGAUGGGGGGCCUUUAAUGGGCUCAUUUGUUUGGAUGCCCCCAUCGGUUAGAUACUUUCUAGGCCACAAAAAAAAGGUUGGUCGCAAAAUUAGAGAAGGUUGAGGCGGGCGUCUGGCAUGGAGGCGGAGGCAAAGGCGACCUGGGCGGCGGCGCCUGGCUCGGGAGCGGCGACUGCCGACGGGGGCUUCCCUGUAGAUCCGGUGUGCAGCGAAGGUUGCCAAUCUUCCCAGGCGUGGCGGUCUCGGCGGGUUCGGUCCAAGAUGAAGUCAGCGAUGGUGCUGGCUGGAGGAGACGUUGGGUUGUUGCCUCUUCUGUGGCUGCCCAUGACAGCUGUGCCGCCGGCGCUGCCGAAUGCAGUGGAGAGAGCGCCCCAGCGGAGUCGGGAGAGUCAGCUGUGAAACCUGAUCCGAAAUCUGUAGGCUGGAUAAGAAGCAGGGUACGAGUGGGCGCAAAUCCGAUAGAGCAUACGCCUUGCCCUGGCAGGAUGGGAGCGCUUGAGAAGACUAUCAGGGGCUUCGUGGACAGGGAGGGUGAUGAAGUAGUCAAGCCAGAGUUAGGGACCACUUUCGAUUCCCUGACAGAGGCUUUGGCUUAUGAUUUUUACAAUAUGUAUUCGUGGGAACAUGGCUUCGGCAUUAGAUACGGGAAAACCAGGCUAAAUCCUGAUAAGAGGAAGACCAUGCAGGAGAUUGUGUGCGGAUGCUCGGGGAAACCCCUUCGAGAAAAUACAAGAUCGUGUAGGUGCAAGUGCCCUGCAAUGAUUAGGCUGUUGAGGACAUCGGACAACGGGUGGUACAUCACAAAGCAUCGUGUCAAGCAUAAUCAUGUCAUGACGCCAAAUUGUGGUGAAAUGUUGCACUGGCCGUCACACAAGCACAUUGACGUGUACACGAAAGACCUUGUUCGUAACCUAAGGAAGAACAACAUCAACCCGAGCAAGGUGUACAACAUAAUUGGAGGGUUCUUUGGGACAGUGGAGAAUGUGCCCUUUACGAAAAGAUCUCUUCGGAGCCUGUGUGGGCAAAUUAGCAGGGACGAGGCAGAGGAGGACGUGAGGAAUACAAGUUUUCGAUGAACUAGGUGCAAAGGACCCGGCUAAAUGGCCCAACUCCGCGAUGGACGGCCCUCUUAAACACCGUAACGGGAGGACCGUACUGGACCUUGACCCCCUGGGCCUCAUCAAUGACUACAGACAACACACUCAUGCACUGUUCAAAAAAGCCUGCACUAAUCGAAUACAUGGGCCAAUACAUUCAUGAGCUCGAAUCUCCAGGAGGACCAACCGCUGGGAUAAUAGUACCAUAUGCCAGUACGACCCAUAUGUAAUUUUCGUAUUUGUUGACAUAUAAACAAACUAUUGAGACGAUAACGUUCUAAAA